AUGAGCCGUGCCAGCAGGGGUGCCCAGGCCCCGAGCCACCGCAAGCGCCUCCUGCCUUCAGUGGCCCACACCCCAUCUGUCACCCAGGUCACACCAGCCAAGAAGAUCACCUUCCUGAAGCGAGGGGACCCGCGGUUCGCCGGGGCCCGCCUGGCCGUUCACCGCCGCGCCUUCAGGACCUUCAGCGCGCUGAUGGACGAGCUUUCUCAGCGGGUGCCUCUCUCCUUUGGGGUGCGCUCGGUCACCACGCCCCGGGGCCUGCACGGCCUCAGCACCCUGGAGCAGCUCGAAGACGGUGGCUGCUACCUCUGCUCCGAUAAGAAGCCCCCAAAGACCCCCAGUGCGCCAGGCCAGCCUCAAGGAAGAAGGCCCUCUACUCUGCAGUUGCAGGAUCUCGAAGGUCGGCGCGAGGUGCCGGGAACGUCCUCUUCCUGGAGGGGUCCUAAAGCCCCAAGGAGGGUGGUGCUGGUUAAGAACAGUGACCCUCGAUGCCAGCAGACAGUGGUUCUCAGCCACAGAAACACCAGGAGCCUGACGGCCUUUCUCAGCAAAGCCUCCGCUCUUCUGCACUUUCCUGUGCGGCAGGUGUACACAGUCGGUGGGAGGAAGGUGGACUCUCUGCAGAGUCUGCUGUGUGGCCCCUCUGUGCUGCUGUGUGCCGGUCAUGAGGCCUUCAGACCUCUGGCCAUGGAAGACGCUGGCAGACAUUGGACUGAAACUUCAUCUGGGUUGACUUUAAGGAAUGAAAACGGGAGCUGGGGGCCAAAGGCCAAGCCGAGCGUGAUCCACUCGAGGCCCAGGUCGGGCGGCAGGCCGCGGGGGUUCUCCUUGCUGUCGGAGAGGUCUGGUGUUGGUGAUCGAGCCUGGGAGGGCACUGCCCCCAACAAGCAGGCUCACGAUGCGCCUGCCCAGCUUGGCUCCUUGGUGGCUGGAGAUGACCUGGAGAAGAAGGUCUGCGUGAAUGAGGAUGGCAGCCUGUCUGUGGAGAUGAAAGUCCGCUUCCACCUCCUUGGCGAGGACACACACCUGUGCUCACGGAGGGUGGGGCGGGCCAGCGGGGAGGGCCCUGUCCUGGGGGAGGUGGACCCCCUCCGCUGUGUGUGGGAGGGCCACCCCUGGGGCUUCUGGGAGCCUGGGCUGCAGAGACCGGGGCCCUGCAAGGCAGGAUUUGAGGGAGCCUUCGGCCACGGCCGGCAGCCAGGGCCCAGGUAUGAGAUCUGGACGAACCCCCUGAACACCUCCCAGGGAGAGGGACCCUCUUCUCAGACCAGGUCCAGGCUGACCUCCUGCUGCAGGGGAUCCUGUGGCCACGCGGCCGCUGGCAGGAAAAGAGGCUGCAAGGACAGUGUCAGCCCGGCCUCCAGUGCCAGCUGUCCUGAAGGCUCUGAGCCAGACUCCUCCUGCCCCAGGACCCCGGAGGGCAGCGUGGGCAGCAGCAGCCCAGCCCCCAUGGCUGCUUCCCAGACAGAGGCAGUGAGGGAAGCUGGCCAGGGACCUGGCCCUUGCCCAGAGGGAGCGGGGCCAGGCAGCCAGGAACAACACAGUGCAGAAGGGGCUCCUUCUGACACAUUGGCCAGUACAGGGUGUCCCGAGGAGUCCAGCGCACGGGGCAGAUGGCACGGGGGCUGCCUGGGCCAGGCGAGGGCUGUGACUUCCCAGCAGAAGGCCACUCGGGGUGGUGGUCCUGGUUCUCCCACCCAGACUCCCUCAUCUUUGAGGGACAAGAACCUACAGGCAGAGACAUGCGGAGAGGGUACCUGGUGCCUCCAGGCCAGGGGUGGGUCCCUGCCGAGGUUGCCCCUGGGCCAUUCUGGCUCUUGGGACACCAAAGGAGGCUCUCCCCCUCUUUCUGCCUGUGCCCCACCCCAGCGGGGGAGGAGGCCGCAGAAGAGCCGAGCUAGUGCUCUGGGCUCAGCCGGCGUUUCUGGCCUUGGCCAAGUGGUCCAGCAAGUCCAUCCCAGGCAGCACGGACACCGCAGGGACACCGGCUGCCCGCUGGACUCACCUGCAGCCCGGCAAGUGCCGAGGCCUCCUGACAGAGGAAGGGCCCACCCCGAUGGCCUGGCACCACGACUUUCUGAAAGCUCCUCGCAUGUGAAGCGGGGCUCCAGGGUCCCCCGGCCUCCCACCUCGGGUUCCCUUCAUUCCCAGGACGUGCCCAGGGUCAGCAGCGCCUCUGUCACACCCGUGAGUAACUCCAGCUGCGCAUCUAACUUCUACCACUGUGACACUGCCUCUGUUGGGAUGGCAGGGGACUCCGAGAUCAGGGCGGGCUCAGCAGCCCCCAUGCCCACCCGCAUGUCUGACUCCUGCCUGGUGGAAAAGUCUUCCUCAUCUGUGCCAGGGGAGCCAGGAGACCCCCGAGGCCACUGCUACUCACAGGUGGGGGCAUCCCCGGUCCACGGGGCCACAGGUGCUGAAACACGGUCCUCGGGGGGACCCCUCUCUGACGCCCGCUGGGUGUGCCAUGGGAAGCCCACUUCCAGCAGCAAUGGUGACUGCAGUGCUGACUGGGGACCCGGUAGGGGUGAGCGGGGGCAGGAAACACUCAAGGUAGGGUGUGUGCUGCCCCCAGGCCCUGAGUCAGGGGCAGCAAGAAGUAGCCCCAGCUCUGGUGCUGGGCCCAGGAGGGUGUCACAGGGUAUGACCAUCGGUGUGGGGGGAGGCCUGGGGGUACAGGUGGGGGAUGGUGGCGUGACGCCUGGCACUCUGCCCCAGGCCUCACCAGAUGCCGUGGUCCGUGAGUGGCUGAGCAACCUCCCAGAAGAAACUGAACUCAUGAAACUUGAGAUGGUGGAUGAGACCACAGAUGUGGCUGGAGACAGCCCAGGGGACCCCCGGGAGGACCCUGGUGAUGACCACUGUCCCAAAGACCCAGGGGAGCUAGCCCAGGCCGGACAACAGCCCCUGGAAAGGGAUGCCAGUGAGAACCUAGAGCCAGCUGGAGCCAUCCCAGUGACUGGAGAUGCUGGUCCCAAAUCAGCAGAGGGUCUCCCCCAAAGUGCAGCUCUGGUGGGAGUUUCCAAAGCCCCUGCGGAGGCUGGGGCAGGCGGAGGGGCCUCUGUGGGCUGCAUUGGGAGUUGGGGCAUGCUGCCCGGCAGGGUCUCUGCCUCCACACAGAUGUUGAAGGUGCUGAUGGGCUCUGAGCAGGACCGGCCCAGCAGCCUACCAGAACUAUCCCACACGGCAGCCACCAGGCUCAGCCGCUCGGCCGGGGCCCUCAUCACCUGCCUCACCAGGCUGCACUUCUUUGAUGACGAUCUUGGGUCUCCUGCCGGCAAAGGGGGCUUCACAGACUCCGCUUGGUACCAGGAGCUGCUGAGCCUCUCCCAGGCCUUGUGGCCAGGGUGUGGCCCUGGGCCGGACCAGCCGGACUCAGGCCUCCAGGAGGACUCGGGCCUGCAGGAGCUUGCCUUGUGCCAGGCUCUGCCGGGCCUCGGGUCCCACGCCAUGACUGAGGACUUCACACCAACGUCCUCUUCGGGAGUGGAUGUCAGCAGUGGCUCCGGAGGCUCGGGGGAGGGCAGCGGGCCUUGUGCUGUGGACUGCACCCUGGCCUCUGAGAAGGUGGAGCUGCCCCUAGAAAUGCCCCACCAGGGAUCUGACUCCAGAACCUCAGAGAACCCAGAGGACCCGGUAAACCAGCAGCCGAACUGCUGCACAGCCUCCUCCAACUCCCGGGCGUGGGCUCCUGCAGCCAACUCGGACGGAUCCGGGAGGGCUCCCAGAGAGCAGAUGCUGAGCAGUGACCCAAACCGAUUAGCUGCAAGCAUGGUGCAAGAAGAGGGGGUCGAAGAGGAAGGGUCUCCAGGAGAGAGAGGAGCCAGUGGCCAGGAGUUGGAGGCUGGCUCUUCAGAUGGGGAGGACGGGGGAGGCCCAGGGGGAGACGAGGGCCUGCAGGAAGAGGAAGCAGGAGGAGACCCUGCCUCUGCAGGGCUGCACCCCCCAGGGAGUGCAGAGAAGCCCAGAGAGCCCCCUGGUCAUCUCAGCGAGGGGGACCCUGAUGCUCCUGAGAGUCAAAGCAGUCCCAAGCUUGAGCCUGGUUUAGAAGAGCCACCUGGAGCAGCAGUGACAGUCCACGAGCAAGCCCAGGCCACGUCCACCCCAGAAACUGAAGAGACAGCCACAUCUAUGGCUUGCAGAGCCUCUCUGGACCCUGAUCCCCUCUGGGUGUUCAGGUUGCUGGAGAAGAUGGAGCAGUCCUUCCUGGCACACCUUGUCAGUGCUGUGGCUGAGCUCCGAGCCCGCUGGAGCCUGCAGGACAACUGCCUGCUGGACCGAAUGGCAGCUGAGCUGGAGCAGGACGUGGGCCGGCGGCUUCGAGACAGCACUGAGCGAGAACUCCAGGAGAUCCAGAGCCGGGCCGAGGGGAAGGGCAGGGGCCUGCCCCAGAGGGGAGCUCUUGGGGAGAAGAUGUUCCUGCGUGCAGAACAGCGCAGGCACCGCCUCCAGGGCCUGCACAACCUCUCGGCCUUCUCUGAGCAGACCCGAAACUGGGAGCCCCUCUCCCUUGCCCAGGAGGACAGGCUACCCCUCCGUGCAGCCCAGGGGACUUGGCUAGAUGGGGAGGCUGAGGGGGACGAGUUCUGUCCCUGUGAGGCCUGUGUGAGGAAGAAAGCAAUCCCUGCAUCCCCCAAGGACACCAUGGGGGCAGCCAGCGUGCCCAUCACCAAGGCCUUUGACCUGCGGCAGAUUCUGCAGAGGAAGAAAGGAGGGUGCGAUGAUGGGGAGGUGGCAGAAGUGGCUCCUGGGACAGGAGGGAUGCAGCUGCUUCAGGAGGAGCCCUCCAGGACCAGGACCAUCCAGGGAGCCGAUGGGGGGCUGGAGCUGGGGUUAGGCCCUGACCCUGGGGUGGCCGCGGGAAAUGAGGGACAGGGAAGCCAGGGACUCAGCAGAGAGGAAGAUCCCAAGCUAGCAGAGGCCGAGGGGGAUGGUGCCGCCGCUCAGGAGAGAGAAGGGGACGCCUGCCCCAGUGCUGGCAGCGACCUGCAGGGAGCAGCGCAUGAGGAGCAGGGUGGGCAUGAGCAGGAAGAGUCUCUGGAUGGGGGCUCCAGGAAUGAGGACAAUUCGGAGGACGAGGCUUUGGAAGGAGGGAACCCCAAUCCAGGAGCACAGAGCAAUGGCACCGAGGCUGUAAAGGCCCUGGAAGCUGAAGGACAGGGACAGACUGGNUCAUCUCUGGGCAAUGGCUCUCAGGCCUCUCAGAAAGGCCCAGAAGACCAUUUGAGUGCAGACAUAAGGGACGUUGAAGCAGAGUCCAGAGAGGCCCCUCACGCAGAAAGAAAAGUCACGGGGAUGUAUCCAGAACACUCUACCUCCGAGCAAGAUGGGACCCCCUCAGGCCCAAGGACUCCAGAGCAGGGGCCAGGCAUGCGCUCUGAUUUACAAGACCAGACGGCAGCAGGAAGCCUGGCCCUCACCCAGGGGGUGGGCCGGCCAGAUGGCUUCAGUCAAGACGACUUAGAUUUCUAG